AUGGAUGGCUUCCUGAACAAGAUCUGCAGAAGAACAAGCCGAGAAGAUCAGUCAACAAUCCAGCAGCCAGUACUAAUUGGACUCAGUCAACGAUUAACUUCUGGCUUCGAAACCAACCGCAGGCCUCUCUCCCUGGCAAUACCUGUACCGAGUAACAACCCGUGGGAUCCAACCAUUACACCACCUCAAUAUACCUGCGAUGACCGAAUAAUAGCUGCGUUAUCAUGGUUCCAAGAACAAAAGCUACGGCAGUGGAUUUCCCGGGACCCAGGGAGGCACCUCCAGCCCGUGGGCUCCGGGUCCGGCAGAGUUAGAGCUCAGGCCGCGUGGGGCCGGGGGAACCCGCCAGGUGGGGCUCCCACCUUGGGCCCCCGGAGGCUUCCCGGUCCCAGGGGCGGACGAGCAGGCAGGGCAAGACCCGCCGGGCCCAGAGCCCGCGGACCGGCGGCGCGGAGGCCGCACCCUCCUCGCCCCAGACGCCGGCAGGGCGGAGCCACGCGUCCGGAGCCCCGGCUGCGGACGCGCGGCGCGGCGCGGGCUGGCCGCUCAGACGUAUGGGGGCUACCCCUGGAGCGGCUGCGCCGCCCGCCCGGGCCAGCGUGGUGCGCAUGCGCGGUCCCGGCGCCAUUUUGGUGGCCGGGCGCGGAGACGAGCAAAAAUCAAAUUAAAGUAGAUCUUGUAGAUGAGAAUUUUACAGAAUUAAGAGGAGAAAUAGCAGGACCUCCAGACACACCAUAUGAAGGUGGAAGAUAUCAACUAGAGAUAAAAAUACCAGAAACAUAUCCAUUUAAUCCCCCUAAGGUCCGGUUUAUCACUAAAAUAUGGCAUCCUAAUAUUAGUUCCGUCACAGGGGCUAUUUGUUUGGAUAUCCUGAAAGAUCAAUGGGCAGCAGCAAUGACUCUGCGCACGGUAUUAUUGUCAUUGCAAGCACUGUUGGCAGCUGCGGAACCAGAUGACCCCCAAGAUGCAGUAGUAGCGAAUCAGGUAAGAAGGCAGACUUUGAAAGACUUCCUUAGAUGUGUGUAUAUCAUUUUUAAUAUUUGAUGUCAGCAUAUGAAC